GUUUCAGUUUGAAAAUAAACGUUGAAGCUGGCGCACACGCUCGUUCGCUUCGUUUCGUUCCGUCUCGUCUUCGUUUCGUUCGCGUUUGUUGUUUGUUCGCGUUUGUUUGUACCGUUGCAAACAAUACAUAAAUCAACAACAAAUUACCAAAAUGUUUUAAAUGUUUAAUAAACUCUAUGCCAAAUAAAACAAAAAAAAAAGUUUGAAAGCACGCAAGGUUUUUGGUUCUUGCUUUUAGCUUUUUAGCUUUUAGCGCAUUUUGUCCGUUAGUUUGUUUUCGUUUGAAUUUUCAAAAAAUAAAAGCCGUUCAAAAUGGGUCUGUCGGAUAUACCAGUCAACUAUAUGCAGCAGCAGCAACAACAACUCCAUCAUCAUCAGCACAAUCAUCAUCAUCAACUAAAUGCCGCGGCGGCCGCUGCACACGUUUUGGCAAUGGAGAACAGCGAACUUCUGAUGAGCCCCAAGGACAAAAUGUCCAGCAAAAAGAAAAUGCAUUUGCUGAAGAAAAUCAAGAAACGCUUCGGACUCGUUCGCCGCUCGCCCUCCUCCUGCCCGGGUCCAAAUAAUCUGCCGCCCUUGCAAUUCCAUACGGUGCACGGCGACAAUAUACGCAUCUCGAGAGAUGGCACGCUGGCGCGUCGCUUUGAGAGCUUCUGCCGUGCCAUCACCUUCUCGGCACGUCCGGUGCGCAUCAAUGAGCGCAUUUGUGUGAAGUUUGCGGAGAUUUCGAACAAUUGGAACGGAGGCAUUCGGUUCGGUUUCACGAGCAACGAUCCGGCCUCGCUGGAGGGCGCUUUGCCCAAGUACGCGUGUCCCGAUCUCACAAAUCGUCCUGGCUUCUGGGCCAAGGCGCUGCACGAGCAAUACUGCGAGAAGGACAACAUUCUGUACUACUAUGUGAAUAAUGCCGGCGAUGUCAUCUACGGCAUCAACAAUGAGGAGAAGGGCGUCAUUCUGUCGGGCAUCGAUACACGCGGCUUGCUCUGGACUGUGAUCGACAUCUAUGGCAAUUGCACGGGCAUUGAGUUUCUGGAUGCUCGCAUUUAUAUGUACCAAACCCAGCAGCAGCAGCAGCAGUUGCCGCAGCAGCUGGCACAUCAGCAACUGCAACAACAGCAGCAGCAACAGCAGCAACAACAACAGCUGCCACAGCAGCAACUCUCCGCUCACCAUCCACUGCAGCAAUCGCGUCGCUCGCUGCCAGGCGGCGGUUCCGGCAUCGUGGCGGAACACGAACUGGAACGACAUGUGAUGCCAUCGCUGCAGUCGCUGCAUUUGGCCGGCACAGCCGCCGGCAUUGUGGAGCACGAUCUGGCGAAUGGCUUGCCACCGUUACGCUAUAACGCCAAUGGACGCCUGAUACCCGUGCCCUUCCACAUAACCAAGGGUCGGAAUGUGCGGCUGUCGCACGACCGCUUCAUUGCCUCGCGCACCGAGUCGGACUUCUGUCAAGGCUAUGUGUUCACGGCGCGACCCAUUCGCAUUGGCGAGAAGCUGAUUGUCCAGGUGCUCAAGACCGAACAGAUGUAUGUGGGCGCCCUGGCGCUGGGCCUUACCUCCUGCAAUCCGGCGCUGCUGCAGCCAAACGAUUUGCCCAACGAUUCCGAUUUUCUGCUCGAUCGUCCCGAAUAUUGGGUGGUCAGCAAGGACAUUGCUGCGGCGCCGCAGCGUGGCGAUGAGAUUGCCUUCUUUGUGGCGCCCAAUGGCGAGGUCAGCAUCAGCAAGAACAAUGGCCCAGCUGUUGUUGUCAUGCACGUGGACCAGUCCCUCCAGCUGUGGGCCUUCCUCGAUGUAUACGGCUCGACGCAAUCGCUGCGCAUGUUCCGCCAGCAGCUGCCCAAUAUGGUGGCCUAUCCCUCGCAGCCGCAGUUGGGCACAGCUGGUGCUUGUGCUGCUGCCGCCGUCGUCGCUUCCUCCACAACUGCCUCCAGCUCACGCAUGCUGCCCAUGACGGAGUCGCUGAACAGCCUGAAUGCCACCCAGCUGAUGGGCGCAUCCAAAAUGCAAUUGAAUGUUACCCAGUCGACUAGCACCUUGGCCACCAACGGCAAUGGCAACGGCAGCCGCAUGAUCAGCAUGCCCUCCAAUGGGGACAUCCUGCAAAUCCAGCCAAACGGCGGCGGCACCGUGCUCGUCGUCAAUCUGCCCCCAGCCAACAGCUCGCACGAUCUCAAUAGCCAGCUAACAGCUCGACAGGUCGGCCCGACAGUGGCCACUGUUAGCAGCAGCGGCAUUCUGGCCGGCGCCUGCUCCAGCGGUACCUUGAUCAGUACCACCAGCCAGCAAUAUAUUGAGCCCGUUGCCCAAAGCACAAACACAUUGAAUGGCAGCAAAUGGAAGGACAGUCUCAGCGAUCAGCAGAGCACCGACUCCAGUGCCGAGUGCACGAUUUGCUAUGAGAAUCCCAUCGAUUCGGUACUCUAUAUGUGCGGGCACAUGUGCAUGUGCUACGAUUGCGCCAUCGAGCAGUGGCGUGGCGUUGGAGGUGGACAAUGUCCGCUCUGUCGAGCGGUCAUUCGCGAUGUCAUCCGCACCUACACCACGUAGGAAAAAAAAAGAGAAUAUAAAUAAAGACAAAUUAAACAAAUACACUUGAAGCAUCCAUCAAGAAAACACACUCAGUAAUCAAACGAAAAAUAACAAAGCAAUGCAUUUCUCUUCAAAAGACGCAGCAAUUUCCUAACUUAGAACUCGCAUUCGAAAUAAGCAUAAAAAAAAACACACACACACACACACAGAAAUCAAUUUAAUAUUUUAUAUACUACAAAAAUCUUCAAAAAUUCAACACAAAAGUUUUUUAAAUUAAAAAACAAAACAAAAACUGCUUAGUAUUAGCAACUAGUUUUGAUAUUACAAAACUACAACAACCUGAAACAAUUAACUGAUAGCUGAUAUCAAUAUUUUUGCAAAUAUUUAUAUGAAAAACUUUAAGAAACUGCAAAAAGAAGAAUACUAUGACUUUAUGCUUAAUAUUAGCUCUAUAAAUAUGAUUAGUGAAUAUAUACAUAUAUAUAUUUAAUUUUUUGUGAUUUUAAUGCUAAGUGCUAAAGAUUUGUUUCAACCUAAUUUAAAUAUACAUAUAUAACUAUUUAAUUUUUUUAAAGAAUUCAAUUGCGAUGUAUUAGAAUGUUACAUAAAUUUAAAAAACCAAAGUAUUUUUAUAUAGCUCUUAAUUUCAUUGGCAUUGACGAAUUGAAAAAGUUGUUGCAAAUUUUCGUAUGAUUUUCUAACGAAAUUACAAAAUUUUUGUGCAAAAAAGGGAAAACCGAAAUCAACUUAAUAUAUAUAAAAUUUUUUAUUUAAAUCAGUUUGGUGCUAAAUGUUUUGGAUUAUAUUAUGAAAUUGUUAAAAUUUAAAUAUAGAUGAAAAAGUUGGUUUAUGUUUGCAGCAACUGAAUAAAAUGCACAAUGGGAACCUUAAUGAGCACAUAGUAUAUAUAGAAGAACCAAAACUCUGCCGUCAACUAAAACUAACAUAAUAAAAA